GCUUAUGACGUUUAUUUCUCAGUUCUCUGCUUAGCUCAAAAUAAUUUUUGCUAGUCUUUUAACGAAACCUAAAACAAUUGUUAAAGUUUACGCAAAAGUAUCGUGCUUUCGUUUUCAUUUCGAGUUUUUUUGUGAUGUUAUAGGAGUGGAUUGUAGUGUUAAGUAUAAAUAAUUAACUUACUUCCCACAUUUUAUGGGACAGUAAAGCUACGCGAAGAUGCACCAACCACCCUACCCGGUAAUUCCUUACCAACAAUACAACAAUGCCUACCCUACCAUCCACUACCAGCAACCACCCAGCGCCGCGAACGGCUACGGUUGGCACGGCAACGGUUACGGCUGGCAGCUGGACCCCAAGUCCUGGCAAACCCCGCCACUGUACCCGUCCCUGGAUGACGAAGUGGUCGAGGAGCCCCUGAUCCAGGCCGAAAAGGUCACCAAACAGAACGCUUGGUGUGAUCUUUAUUUUGCGAACGGCAAGCAGAACCUUUCUCAAGCAUUUACCCCGUAUGGUGAAAAAGGUUCCGGGACUCAAGCCAAGACUGAUCAGUUGCAAGACUUCUAUGCUCUACGCGAGCAAUGUCUCCAGGAAGGUACUCUGUUCGAGGACAGAGAAUUCCAAGCCACAGAUUCUUCCCUUUUCUAUAGCAAAAGACCCGAUAGACAUUAUGAGUGGAAACGACCAAGCGAAAUUGUAGACAAUCCCCAAUUUUUUGUAGAGGGUUACUCUAGAUUUGACGUUCAACAAGGAGAAUUAGGUGACUGUUGGCUUUUGGCAGCUGCCGCUAACUUAACUUUGUACAGACGUCUGUUUUUCCAAAUCGUACCUGACGACCAAGGGUUUGAUGAUAAAUAUGCUGGCAUAUUCCACUUUAGAUUUUGGCAGUACGGGCGUUGGCUAGAUAUAGUUAUAGACGAUAGGUUACCCACCUACAGGGGUCAAUUGAUAUAUUUACAUUCGACGGAAGAAAACGAGUUUUGGAGUGCCUUACUUGAAAAAGCCUAUGCGAAACUUCACGGUUCUUACGAAGCGCUUAUGGGUGGUUCCACGUGCGAGGCCAUGGAAGAUUUCACCGGCGGUGUUACAGAAAUGUAUGAGUUGAGUGCCGGUCCGCCUAAUCUCUUCCAGAUUCUUGAAAAAGCCUACGAGAGAUCUUCGCUGAUGGGAUGUUCUAUUGAGCCCGAUCCGAACAUACUCGAAGCGGAAACUCCCGAGGGCCUUAUUAAAGGUCAUGCUUACAGCAUAACCAGAGUCCAAUACGUAGAUAUACAGACUCCUAAUGUGACGGGAAAAAUUCCACUCGUGAGGCUCAGGAACCCUUGGGGAAAUGAGAAUGAAUGGAACGGGGCCUGGAGCGACGGGGCGCCCGAAUGGCGGUUCAUCUCGGAAUCCGAAAAGGAAGAGCUCGGUCUCACCUUCGACCACGACGGUGAAUUUUGGAUGUCAUAUAAGGAUUUCCAAAAGCAUUUCAGUCGACUCGAAAUCUGCAAUCUCAAUCCCGACUCCCUAACGGAGGAAGAGCUGAUGGAGGGGAAAAAAAAGAGGUGGGAAAUAUCCGUCUAUGAGGGAGAAUGGGUGCGCGGAGUCACCGCCGGCGGUUGCAGGAACUUCUUAGAUUCGUUCUGGCAUAAUCCUCAGUACCGUGUAACGUUAACCGAGGUGGAUGACGGCGACGACGAAGGGGGUUGCACGAUGAUCGUGGCAUUGAUGCAAAAGAAUAGAAGGCAGAUUAGAAGUACUGGGGGUGAUCUACUUACCAUCGGAUAUGCCAUUUAUCAUCUUCCCUAUCCAGACAGAGUGUCGAAACCGCUAGACAUGAAGUUCUUCAAGUUCAACACUUCCGUGGCCAGAUCCCCCACCUUCAUCAACUUACGUGAGGUCAGCUGCCGGUUCAAGCUGCCUCCCGGCACCUACUGCAUAGUGCCCUCCACCUUCGACCCCAACGAAGAGGGCGAGUUCCUCCUCAGGGUGUUCACUGAACACGAGAACAUUAUGGAGGAAAACGACGAGAACAUCGGUUACGGAGAUAUGGACGCCAAAGUUGAGAAACCGCCCACGCCUCAAGAAGUCCAAGAGACGGAUAAAGCUUACGGUAUUUUCUUGAAGUUGGCCGGGAGAGACGGAGAGGUGGACUGGUCGGAACUGAAGGAAAUUUUAGAUCAGACCAUGAAAUCAGAGCUAGAACUUGACCAAAAACAGGAAAAUAUGCCAAACUGUAAAACAGUUGUCAGCCUUAACGCGGCUCCUCCAUCUGAAGUGCCUCCACAGACCCAAACAAGCGACACUAACAGUUUUGUUCCCGCCCUUUUAAAUCUCAUCUGUGGAACUUUCUGUAAGGAUACUCCUUUGGCUGAAAUUGUACCAGCACCAACACAAAAUACACCGUUAUGUACAAGUUUCUCCGAAAUGCAAAUGUCUCGAUUCUCAAAGGAUAUUUGCCGUAGUAUGGUCGCUAUGCUAGACAUAGAUCGUUCUGGCAAGCUGAAUUACAAGGAGUUUCGAAACUUGUGGACGUCACUUCGACAAUGGAAGAAUGCGUGGAUUUUGUACGACACUGAUAAAUCGGGAACAUUUAGUGGAUUCGAACUUAGGGAAGCUUUGAAUGCCGCGGGAUACAGGUUGAAUAAUAGGAUAUUAAAUGUACUCAUGCAUAGGUAUGGGAAUAAAAAGGGAGAAAUUAACUUCGACGAUUUUAUGAUGUGUACCAUCAAGUUGAAAACUAUGAUAGAUAUUUUUAAAGCAAGAGACGAGGCCAAUACUAACAUUGCCGAUUUCUCACUGGAAGAAUGGUUAGAGUGCACUUUGUAUUCUUAAAAAUAUACUUAUAUACAAUUUAAAUAUACGAUUUUAAUACUUUUACGACUAAUUUAUUUGCACUUUUAAAAAUUGUAAUAUUUUUGUAUUAAUUAUUAAAUAUAUUUUGUAUCCAUAUGCAACAUUAAAAUUGUUAUUUCUACGACGUUGUUACUUGAAAUUACUCAUAGAUUAUAAGAUGUUACCAGUGUUUCGCAAAGUUAUUACCAAAAAUAAAUAUUUACUCAUUUA